GAGCCCGCGCAAGCGGUUGCUCUGCUUCUGCAGGUCUUGAACUCGGCGUCUACUGGAGGCGAUGUGUCUAGCAUAGUCCCAGAGCUUCUUCAGGUGGUUUUCAGUCGCCCAGCAGCAAAUGCUCAUGUGCGCAAGCUCGCUUACGAGGUUUGCAGGCAUGCAACCCUUUCGGUCGCCGAAUACCACAAGCUCUGGGAGGCUGUGCGGAGCGACGUCAACAGCAGCGACCCGGAUGUCGUGUCGGCGGCUGUCCGCUUCCUGGCGUGCAUGCCUGCAUCAGACCUGGCGGAGCGGCUUGUUGUGGGCCAGCUGUCGGAGCUGCUGGCGCCGUGCCUGUCCGCGGAGGCCGCCAUCGUGCGCAGUGCCGCUGUGACAGCACUUCCCUCGGUGCUGCUGAUGCCCGAGGUGCAGCAGGCCGCGGCGGGGAGCCAAGGCUUGGCCAACGCCUAUGAGGGGCUGUGGGACUCUGUCAGUGACGCGCUGCUGGAUGAGCGGCCCUUCGUGGUGGGCCUGGCCGCCUCCGCCGUGGCACAAUUGCUGGCCUGGGGCAGCGGCGACGCCGCGGCCGCCAGCGCCUUCAGCGGCGCCGCUGGCGGCGAGGACGGCCCCGCCGCCGACGCGACGGCGGCCGCGACCGCCGCCAUUGCCACUUCCGCUGGCUUCAUGAUGUGCCGCGUAGCGGACCGCGCCUCGCAGCGUCUGGCGGCAGCUCUUGGGCCCGUCCUGGAGAUGUGCUCGCUGGUGCCGGCGGCGGGCCAGGUGGCGGUGUGCGACCUGUUGCUGGCGCUGGUGCAGCGCGUGCUGGCGCAGGUGCUGCGAGCCGCCGCCGGCGACGCCACGGCCCUGCCGCCGCCGCCAACGGGCGUGCCGGUGCCCAACCUAGCGACGCUGGUGUCCUCGGCGGCCGCGUACCUGGCAAGCCUGCAGCAGGCGGGCGACGCCGCGGCGCGGACGGAGGCCUGCGGCGCAGUCCUGAGCCUGGCGGCGGACCUGGCGGCGGCGGGGCCGCCGGCGGCGGCUGCGGCCGCGGGCCUGCCGGCGGCCCAGGUGCUGGACGCGGUGCAGGCGCUGUUGGCGCUCAAGGAGCGGGAGUAUAUGGAGGCGGGCCUGGCGGACAUGUGCGAGGUGGUGGUGGCGGCGCUGCCGGCACUGCUGCCGCCCGCCCGUGCGCAGGUGCUGCAGCGCCUGUGGCCGCUGGCCGGCCGCAUCAACGACGUGCCGCGCCGCGCACGCAUCUUCGCCUCCGCCUGGAAUGCCGCCGUGGCCGCGGAGAUGGAGACUCGCACCGCCGGCACUGCCGCCGCUGCCGCCUCGCCGCCCAAGCCGGCGGCGCCGCCCUCCGUGUCCGCCUCCUCCGACCCCAUGAGCAUGCUGGCGGGUCUGGCGGCGGGCGCGGCGACGGCGGCGGGCUCGCCGGAGGCGGCGGGCCUGGUGACGGAGGUGCCCGCCAGCGUCAGCGUGGCGGCGGCGCUGGCUGACCCGUAUGUGGAAGUACUGCUCACUGGCAAGAUGCCGGCUGUGGAGGCCAACGGCAGCUUCGCGGUCGCGCAGGCCUCCGCCUCUGCGGCCAGCGCUGCCAGCUCAGGCAGCUCGUUGCUGCGCAGCAUGUCUCGCUCGGCACCGCCGCCGCCGCCAUCGCCCGGCGGCCUGCAGCGCAGCGAGUCGGCCCUGUCAUCCGCCUCUGGCGCGACGGCCGCCGCCGCCGGGUCCAGCAUCGACCUCGCGGCCACCACCGGCGUGGGCAAGGUGCCAGCCGGCAAGGGCGAGAAGGAGAAGAAGGGCAUGCUAGGCGGCCUGUUUGGGCGCAACAAGGACAAGAAGGGAAAGAGCGCUGCGGACGCAGCGGCUGCGGAACGCGCGGAGGAGCAGGCACGGCAGGAGGCGGCCGCUGCCGCGGCAGCGGCAGCGGCACAGAAGGCGGCGGCGGUGGCUGCUGCCGCGGCUGCCGCAGCCGCGACCCCGUCGUCUCCCGGCGGCCUGCCGGUCCCGAGCAGCGCUAGCACCGCAGCGGCAGCGGAGGCCAAGGCCGCGGCAGCAGCAGCAGCCGAGGCGGCGGCCGCGGCGGCAGUGCGCAGCAUGCCACACGCCACGCUGCGACACGAGCUACUUCAGUGCCUGCUGCAGCAGCUCGCGCACCACCCCGCCGCCGCCACCGCCGCGGAGCUGGCGGCAGAGGCUGCCGCCGCCGCACGGCACGACCGCCAGCCGCCGACGCACACGACCGGCGCCGCCGCUGGCGGCGCGGGCGGCGCGCCCUCCGGCUCCGCCCACCGCUUGGUGGUGGUGGCGCAGUGGGUGGCGAUGACGACGGAGGUGCUGAAGAGCAGCGCGGCGUGUGUGGGCUGGGAGCCGUACGUGGUCCCUGCCAUCACCUCGCAGCCCAGCGUGGGCGCGGCCGGGCGUGCGCCGGUGGACUUCAACAGCCUCACCUGCGACCUGUGGCUGGCGCUGCUGCAGGCGGCCGUGCAGGCCUCCCGUGCGGCCCAGGCGGUACUGGGCCGGCUGGUCGCAGAGGCCACAGAGGCCGCAGCGGCGGCCGCCGCCGCCGGAUCCAACACCGGUCCUUCCUACGGCAUGGGCUACGGCAUGGGCUACGGCACUCCGUACGGCAUGGCCCCGGCGGCGGGCGCUCUGGCGGGCUCCUCCCUCACCAGCUACGGCUCUGGCGACACAGCCGCCGCGCUGGAGACCUACUACCGGGGGCUGCUGGCGCUGGUGGAUGGCCGGGCGGCGGCGCUGCAGGGACUCAUCAACAAGCUGCUGUCUGGCUGGCAGCUGCUGAGCUCCUCGGCGCGGCCUCGUGUGAUGUGGGUGGCGGCGCACUGCAUGGCGCUGCCGGGCCACUGGGACGACCGCUGGGAGCUGCUGCUCAACUGCCUGGACCACAUCAUGGUCCGCGGUACCGAUGUGCUGGCGGCGUCACGACGUGCUGACGUGAUGGGCUCCGCGCUGGCCGGCAAUCUGUUCAAAGCGGGUCGCCAGGCCUGGAACGACCCCAGCAAGCCGUUCCUGUUCGACAUCGCCUCCGCCUCCGCACUGUGCGAGGCGCCCGAGUACGAGGUGCAGGGGCUGCUGUCAGGACUGGCGGCGCUGCAGCACCUGGCCGCUCGGCUGGUCAACGUGAUCGCCGACGCGGUGCCGCACGGCGCAGCGGGCACGGCGCACGGCCAGGCGGUGGCGGUGGCGAAGCGGCUGGACGUGCUCAUGCGCCACUUCAUCGGCACCGAGCUGGCGGCCGCCCCGCACGUGCGGGACUGGGUGAAGCGCAUCAUGCGGCAGCUGUCCACCGUCACCACCUAUGCCCCGCCCGUCACCCUGCCGGUCACGGUGGCGGCGCUCGGCUUCGUGGCCAAGCAGGCGCACCAGGCUGACGGCGCCGACGGCGCGGCGGCAGCUGACGACGACGACGACUCCUCGGACGCCUCUUCCGCAUACCAGCCGGAGGAGGCGCCGGAGGGCACGCCGGCGCUGCCGCCCGCAGUCGACCCCACCCUGCUGGCCGCCGCCGCAGCCAUCAACGCCUCCCGCGGCGCCGCGCGCGCCAUGGCAGCUGAGGCGGAGGAGGAGGCAGAGGCAGCAGCUGCUGGGAAGCAGAAGCCUCAGGGGCGAGAGCAGGGCGAGGCCGCAAACGGCGUGGAGGGGGCCCCGGAGGGCAACAGCAACGGGGGCCGGCCUAAGGGCCCCGCCGCGCACUCGUACUUGGUACACUCGGCCGCCGCCGCGGUGCCCAUGUGGGGCUACCCCUUCGCCCCGCUGUCCAGUGUGGCGCUGCACAACUCCAAGCGCGCGCGCCGGCAGCGGGCACUGGCGCAGCACCUGGCUGCGGCCGCCGCGUCGGCGGAGGCACCGCGGCCGGUGGUGGCGGCGGCGCUGGCGACGGCGUCGCCUGACGCCGCCACGGCGGGCGCGGCUGGCCUGACAUCUCCUGCCGCGGGUUCGGAGCUGUCCAGCCGCACCGCCUACAAACUGGACAGCGAGGCGUUCUGGGCCGCACUGCCGGGGACACACAGCCCAUGGCAGGAGCUGACGGGCCCGGCCGACCCGCUGCUGCUGCGUGCCUGCUUCGUGCGGCCCGCGCCUGGGCAGGGCAACCCCACCGUCAUCACCGUCAUGCUCAGCGCCGUCAACAGGCUGCCAAUGGAGAUCACGGACGCGGAGGUGGCUCUGAAGACCAACGGGCCGCUGCUGUCGUCCGCCCGCCGCGCCGCCACCUGGGAGCUGCCGCGCAUCGCGCCGCACGACCGCGCCGCCGCCUCUUUCAAGUUCAAGGUGCUGGGCUACGGCGAGCUGUCGCUACACGUGCGGCUGCAGCUGUGCGCGGGACCGCCGCGGGUGGACCCGGCGCCGCUGCAGGUGCACUGCACGCCGCUGGAGCUGCCGCCGCAGCUGCUGCUGCGGCCGCCGCCAGCGGGGCUCAUGGCGGGCUCGGCGGCCGAGUUCUACCGCGGCUGGGCCACGCUGCCCGGCCGCAUGGAGCUAUCGGGCGUGUGCAUGUGGCCGGGUACGGAGGGCGGCGCGCUGCUGCUGUCGGCGCUGUUGCGGCAGCCGCUGGCGUGCGCGUGGAUGCAGCACAUCCCCGCCGUGUGCGGCUUCCAGGCCGGCUUCGUGGCGAGCACGGCUCUGGACGACGUGUUGGCGCUGGUGGUCAUCACGCAGCUCAUGCCGCCGGCGGGGCCGGGCGCGCCGCCCGAGUCCUUCACCAGCUUCUCCAUCAGGUCCUCCUCCCCCGAGCUCAUUCACAGCGUCCAGUCCGGCGCCGCCUCCUGGCUGAGCCACAUCACCGCCGGUACCGCAGGCCUUGGCGCCGCCGGCCGCGCCGCGCUGCCCGGCACCCGCCCACCGCUGCACCCGCGUGUGGGCGCGCUGCUGCAGACCUACGCCGCCAGCGCGGCGCAGCUGGGCGCCGCCGGAUCAGCCGCCGGCGUCAGCCUGGCGGGGGCCGCCAGCAACGGCGGCGCAUUGGCUGGUCCAUACGCCUCGUACGGCAUUGGUUCCACGGAGCUGGUGGGCGCGGCGUCGGGCAUGGCGGCGGCGGCCGCCGCGACGGCAGCGGGCGGCACGGUGACGGGCCCGGCGGGCGCCAAGGGCGCGGCGGCGGGCAAGGAUGUGAGUGUGGCGUGGCUGAAGAAUGCGGCGUUGGCGGAGUGGCAGCGGCUGAACGCGCUGUCGGCUGUGUGACGUAUGGCUGGUUUGGGCUCGGAACGGUGAUGCUGGCGUUAGUGAGGGUGGUGGCAAGACUUUGUGAGUAGUGCAUGAGGUCAACAAGCUUGUGAGGCUGAGUUGCAAGUGACCGAACAUCUGAGGCAGCGGCAACACUUUGAAGACCCAGCACUGCGCGCGUGGUGGCAGUAUUAUGGACGAUGCUUUUAAGACAAGCACCUAUGCGAAGCCGAGAAAGCCAGCGAGCACAACGAUGGAGAGGCCUGGAGGCUAUCACAUGUGUGACUACCAGUGUAACUGUAUGGCGGCUUGAUGCCGAAUGGCGAAGGCGCCAAGCAACUGCUGCUGCAACCUCGGGACAGCGCAACUUGACUGAACUUCAAGAACAUAUGCAGGCGCAUUAACCCUGCCCGACCCUGCC